AUGGUCUUUCCGUCAGUUGUAGUAGACAAUCAUAGUCGAUACUAUCCUGUGCCACAUUAUGAACUGAUUGAUGAUAUCUAUGUCGCUAAUGAUCUGACCGAGUUGAUCGGGAAUAGGAGAAGGUUUAGACAACAGGUUGGCUCUCUGUAUGACUAUGUAUCUCAUCUUAUGGAUGACAUGGAUAUUCGUGAUGAGGAGAAUGGGGACGAUAACGAUGUAUCAAAGUAUUUGAAAAUAAGAACUCAUUCUUCUCCUGCCAAAGAUGGAGUCGACCCCCAUGUAGUUGCUGAUUCAGAAUCAGAAAUUUGUGCUAUAUGCCAAUCUGAAUUUGAACACGAAGAGAGUAUAGGAACAUUGCAGUGUGAACACAAGUAUCAUACGGACUGCAUCAAACAAUGGCUGUUGAGGAAGAAAAACUGUCCUAUGUGCAGAGCUUCCGUUAUACCUUCAGGAGAACAAAGAUUAUAG